CGAUGGCUGCGGCAGAUGGCGCCGGCGGCGGUGGAGGCGCUGCCGGAGAGGCCGUCCGAGGAGGAGUUCGGGACGGCGCUGCGCAACGGCCUCAUCCUCUGCAAGGUCCUCAACCGCGUCAACCCAGGCACCGUCCCCAAGGUCGUGGAGAACCCCGUCGACGCGGUCCAGUCGGCCGAUGGGGCGGCGCAGUCCGCCAUCCAGUACUUCGAGAACAUGCGGAACUUCCUCGUUGCGGUGUGCGAGAUGAAUCUGCUGACGUUUGAGGCUUCCGACAUUGAGAAGGGUGGUUCAUCAAUGAAAGUUGUGGACUGCAUACUUUGUCUCAAAGCAUAUCACGAGUGGAAGCUCUCAGGUGGGAUCGGUAUAUGGCGGUACGGAGCUAUUGUUAAGAUUGCGCCCUCGAGCAAGAGGUUGCCUACACACUCAUCCAGGUUUGGAGGCUCAGCUGACCAGAACCAACAAAUGCUGGAAUUCGUGCAUCUCCUCUCCGAGGUCUCCCUCGAGGAAACUAGAGUUGAGGAAACUCAGCAUUCACUUUUCCAGCAGUUUGUUCUUCGAGUCGUGCGGGCAUUCCUUCUGGAAUGGAGUGAAGCUGACGAGAUACCUUUAGAUGAUAUGGUCCUUGAAACAAUACUUGAGCAAGCCUCGAAAGAAUUUACCAUUCUGUUAGUGUCCCAUCGCAAUCAGGUCAGAUCACUUUUAAGGAAGAUGAUGAAAGAUGAAAGUGGAGUAUGCUCUAAGCUGGAGUUGAUCGAAGCUAUUUCAAAAUCAUUGAAUGAAACUAAUCUGUCCUUACUCUCUCCACAACAAUUACCCCAACGCAUGGAUGGUGGUGGAGGACUUGAACACCAACAAGAAGAGCUUGAGAAGUUAAAGCUGUCCUUUAAUGACAUGAAAUCUCAAGUUGAAUCUACUCGAGCUAAAUGGGCGGAAGACUUAACGAGGCUAGAAAGCUAUUUUGAGGCUCAGAACCAUAAUGCUUACCACAAGUUACUGGAGGAAAAUCGUAAGCUGUACAAUCAAGUCCAAGAUCUGAAAGGUAGCAUUCGGGUGUACUGUAGAGUGAAACCUUUCCCGAAGACGCAGUCUGAUCAACGGUCUACUGUUGAUCAUAUUGGAGAAAAUGGGGAGAUCAUGAUUAUGAACCCUGAAAAGCAAGGAAAGGAUGGACGAAAGAUAUUUUCAUUCAACAAAAUAUUUGGUCCUAAUGUCUCACAAUCUGAUGUUUAUGCUGAUACGCAACCACUUAUAAGAUCCGUGAUGGAUGGCUAUAAUGUUUGCAUAUUUGCAUAUGGUCAAACAGGAUCUGGAAAAACUUAUACUAUGAGCGGUCCAGAUAUAACAGCAGAGGGAACCUUGGGUGUGAACUACCGGUCGCUAAAUGAUCUGUUUGAUAUUUCUCAAAAUAGAUCAGAUACCACAGCAUAUGAUGUGAGAGUUCAGAUGAUUGAAAUUUAUAAUGAACAAGUGAGAGAUCUACUGAUGACCGAUGGUUCAACUAAACGAUUAGAGAUUCGUAACAAUUCUCAUGUAAAUGGGCUCAACAUCCCUGAUGCCAAUUUAGUGCCAGUGAAGUGCGCACAGGAUGUUUUGGAUCUGAUGAAACUUGGCCACAGAAAUCGGGCGGUUGGAUCAACUGCUCUUAACGAACGAAGUAGCCGCUCACACAGUGUGUUGACAGUUCAUGUGCAAGGGAAAGAGAUCAUUUCGGGUUCAACUCUAAAAGGAUGCCUUCAUCUGGUGGAUCUUGCGGGAAGCGAGAGGGUGGACAAAUCUGAGGCUGCCGGUGAAAGGCUGACUGAAGCCAAACACAUAAACAAAUCCUUAUCCGCACUUGGUGAUGUCAUAGCUGCACUUGCCCAAAAGAGUUCACACGUUCCAUACCGAAACAGCAAGCUAACACAAGUGCUGCAAGAUGCUUUAGGUGGUCAGGCAAAGACGUUGAUGUUUGUGCAUGUGAAUCCUGAAUCAGAUUCUUUUGGCGAAACAAUUAGCACUCUCAAGUUCGCCGAGCGUGUAGCCACCAUAGAACUUGGCGCAGCUCGUGUUAAUAAGGAAGGUGCACAGGUCAAAGACCUGAAGGAAGAGAUUGGUAAACUGAAAUCGGCAUUGGAUGAGAAGGAACGUGAAGCGGCACAGCUAAGAGAUGCCACAAACAGUAUAAUCUCUGAUAAAAGAAGUGCAAGAGCGAGAUCACCUCUCACCACCGGCUUGCGCUUCAAGCCUGAAGCUAGGCAGGACUCCAGUGUUGACACUUGCACAAGCGAGAUCAGAAGCUCGUCAUCAGGAAAGCAGAGAAGGUUUCGCUCUCCGCUGUCAGUGCGAGAGCUAGAUGACAAGUCACCUGUUAUCAGCAGGGAAUUAUACUUCAGUUCACGUAAGUUCAAGACUCCGUCUCCUCCAGUACGAAGCUCAUUCUCUUCCGAGAGAUCUGGCACCGUUAAAACCGUGGAGAAGACCGAAAGAAUCAUCGAGUGCACACCUACAUCAAAGGUCGUCGAACCGCCUGUAAAAGCACCGCACGGCAGCAGCAGCAGCGCCAGGAAAACACCCGCGUCCAUUCUGACGGAGCAGAGUCUGCGGAAAUUCCGAGACUCGGAGGAAAACAGGAGUGCGAAACCACCCGUUAGAGAAAGCAUGACCAAGAGCAGGCUUGACAGUGCACGGAAAGAGGAGGAGCAGCAAACGUCAGGCGCGAAGGUGAGGUCGGAAGCCAGGGUCAGGAAGAACUGGUCCGACAUGGAAAAUGAGUUCGGCAACAACGAGCCGACCUUCCAUUCCAGCCGGAAGGCAAAGAAGCUCAUGCCGCAACCGGCGACGAGGCAGUCCCAGACCAUUGAUCUCAGUGUCAGGGCGUCGGUCAGGGAGGUGGAGGCUGUGACCGAAGGGAAGCAUCGCCGGAACAGGCCGCCGCACGCCGAGAGGACCAAUGUCCCGUUGCCGGAGACACGCCGCAGUGUCUCCCUGCCGCGCGGGAAAUUCGCGCCCGUGUGAAUCCUCUGGCUGGAUUUGGAUACUUGUUAUUCUUUGAUUGUUGCGAUGGCGUCGUGUCAUAGUGUGCGUGUGUGUGAUGCCACAUUGCCACAUAUUGUGUUGUCCGGCCCGAUCAGCAGGCUUCUAUGGCUGGGUAGAAGGAACCUGAGGAUCAAUCACAUCGUUGGUCAAGUUCGUUCAUGCAUUUGUUGUUGAU